AGGAGGGGGCGAGGCGGCGGCGGGCUGGUCUCUCCCUGCUUUAGGGCCGAGGCUCGCAGGCGCUGCGCGGAGGACUGAGCGGAGGCGCGGCCUGCCUCCCUCCACAGAGCGGCGCGCCCGCUCGGCCGACCCGCGGGGAACGAGAGCCAGGCUGCCUCGCGGCGCCGCAGCGCACGCUUCCUGGGAGUUGCUGAUUGUCUUUGAAGAAACAUGAAGUCACCCUCUGUUGUUAUGCUUACUGUAGCCAUCCUGGUGUUCCUGACAUGGGUCCCCGUGUCACUGAGUUGUAACAAAGCACUCUGUGCUAGUGAUGUGAGCAAAUGCCUCAUUCAGGAGCUCUGCCAGUGCCGACCUGGAGAAGGAAAUUGUUCCUGCUGUAAGGAGUGUAUGCUGUGUCUCGGGACCCUUUGGGAUGAGUGCUGUGACUGCGUUGGUAUGUGUAAUCCUCGAAACUACAGUGACACGCCUCCAACUUCAAAGAGCACAGUGGAGGAGCUUCAUGAACCCAUCCCUUCUCUCUUCCGGGCACUCACAGAAGGAGACACUCAGUUGAACUGGAACAUUGUUUCCUUCCCUGUUGCAGAAGAACUUUCACAUCAUGAGAAUCUUGUUUCAUUUUUAGAAACCGUGAACCAGCCACACCACCAAAAUGUGUCUGUUCCCAGCAAUAAUGUUCAUGCACCUUAUUCCAGUGACAAAGAACACAUGUGUACUGUGGUUUAUUUUGAUGACUGCAUGUCCAUACAUCAGUGUAAAAUAUCCUGCGAGUCCAUGGGGGCAUCCAAAUAUCGCUGGUUCCAUAACGCCUGCUGUGAGUGCAUUGGUCCAGAGUGUAUCGACUAUGGUAGUAAAACUGUCAAAUGUAUGAACUGCAUGUUUUAAAGAAGGAAAUGGUAUGCACACCAAAGCAAUUUAGUCAAGGGUAUGAAAAGCUAUUCAGUGAUGUCUACUGGUUGCAUCUGAAUGCCAGCAGGUUAGGAAGAUGUGAAGAGUUUGGAUUGAGUUACUUCUAAAGUAUGACAAAUCCGAGAUUGUGUUAAAUUAUGAUUAUAACUGCUCUUAUUGAUCUUACUGCCCGCUGCUAGCGAUAAGCCCUUUCUUCUAAACACAUGUACAGCUUUGAUCACGUGAGAAGCAAGUGCAUAGAGAACACCUUGAGAGAGGAGAGGUUUCUAACACAAAGCCUGGUGUCAUUUUUUUGUCGCAUUCCAGAAGCCUUUUGUGUUGAAGGUUUACAGCAUGUUAACAUAAGUUAUGAUUUCUUCAUUGUACUACUCCUAGGACACUGAGUUUUUAGAGUUGUUUGCCAUUUUUCACUGUGCCUGGUAUUAUUUACCUGUUCUAUAAGUAGUGUAGAUAUUCAAAUAUAUUACCCUGUGUUCUCACCAAAAAAUCACCAUAAAAAGCUUAAUUUCAAACCUCUUUAUGUUGUUUUUAGAAGGUAAACGCUUACUGUUUUUACACUUUAAACCUCUUCCAUAGCCGAAUCCACCCUACGCUACACAUACCGACAAAGCUGUAGGGGAAGUUUCUCCUCCUCCUCCAUCCCUGGCCCAAAGUACUGCUGUAGGUAAUGAUGAAGCAUCUUUACCAAGAAUUGCAGGGCACACCUAUGAGGCUUUGUGAAAUACACUGCUAGCGUAAAUAGGAAGGGAGAGCUUUCCUCUGACUUAAGGUACCAGCUUAAAGAGCUCCAGGAAUGGGAAACCACUGCCAACCGGCCUCCAGGGAAAUUUUAUGGAAAUGGCAGGGCUGUGCUAGCUGGACAGUGGGGAUGGGCCUGCUCAGCCCUAGCGCCACGUUCUCCAGUGGACGGGUGGUUGGAGAGGAUAAAGCAGAGAAUUCCAGAUAUGAACGGGGAGGGUUGAAAAUGCCCGGUAUUCUAAUGGAAGCAAACUUAAAACUACUUACAUUCAUUAUGUUGUUAUUUUGUAAUCUUUCCUUUAGGUUUGUAUAUGGAUCAGGUGUUCUUGUCAAACGAGGGUUAUCACACAGUAGGAGGUUAAGACUGUGAACUGCCGCCCACCCCCGCAAAAUUCCCUGUUCAAGAUGACAUUAACUCUAAACACACUUCAGAACAUUUGGGCAGCUUUUUAUAUAAUGUUUCAAUGAAGAUAAGUUUAAAUAGUAUGUGCCCUUCGUGGUAAUAAAAUCUCCAUCUUCAAGCAUGAACCUGCAACGUACAUAUUUAUAUUCAGAGACUCUUAGCUUUACAAAAUUAUUAAUUUCUCAAAUAGUACGUAUUUGAAUUCUAAGUAACUUUUUAGGAAUACCUCUUUGUAUAUCUAAAUACUGUAGUAUAUAAAAAUAGAUAAUGCUCUUUGUAUUCAUUAUCUGGACAAUGGUUAGUUACAAGAUCAUAUGUAAUAUUAUGAUUAACUAUCAUAAAAUGUAAAGACUUGAUACCUUUUCUGCUCUUUCAGAUAACUCUAAUGAACACUCAAGGUACUUUAGCCUUUUAAAAAGUUGAAAUUUAGCUCAUGGAUAUAUUUUUUGGAUGGGAAAACAUUGGGAUGUCCUUUUCUUUUACCUAGAAUGCCUUUUUUUACGAGUGCCUUGAAAACAAACAUUAGCUCCCUUUCUUCAUUAAUACCUAUAAAACUGAAGGUUUUCUUGAACUUAAGAGAAAAUUUUGAGAAAUCUGCAGCCAGCUGCUUCAUUUCAACUUUGCUGUUUUUCAGAGUCAUUUAUACUUAGGAAUAGAGGAAUGCUUUUGUGUUUAUUGACAACAUACUUAAUGUUUCCAUAAAUAUGUCAACAAACUUUUUUAAACUGCAUGUAUCUUCCUUUUUAGGUGUUCAUUAUUAAAUUUUAAAAUGUAAUAUCUCUCGUUGGGAGAAUAAUUUCUUGAACCAUGUUAUGUUUUAACUGAUUUUUCUUUCCUCUAUUUCUCCAAAUAGAAAUUAUCCCUAAAUAUAAUGGUAAGUUGUAUAUUCAAAUUUUACUUAAUUUUUUGGCUUAUGAAGGGGUUAAAAGAGAGUGUUCACCUAAACGAUUCCAUUUCCAAUUCUAUAAUGUACUUCAGGUUUUGAAUAACAAUAUUUUUACAAAUUAAAAGUAUAACAUUUGGGAAACUGAUAGCCCCACUAAAAUUUAGACCUUCUAUUACCAUUCCAAGCACAAUUCACUUCUAUACUGAAGCUCUGAUUAAAAAAAAAAAAAAAUUAAUGAAAAGUUAGGUUACCUUUGUUUAUAACUGGAUCCGAAACAUUAAAUCUUAAAUCUGUAGGUAUUAUAAAAGCCAUAUACAAAAGGUUCUUUCCUCUAGUAAGACAUGUCCUUGCUUGUCGGUUUUCCUGUCUCCCCCAUAACAUCUAAUUAUUACUGAAACUGUACUCAUAACAGUGGCACCAAAUCAAAUGAUAAUUCAAAUGCAAUGUCUUUGUUUACAGAGAUGCUAUAAAAGAGAGGGCUUCAUUUAGAAAUAUGAUUUCUAAAGUUUCAGAAAACAAAAUUGAUAAAAUGUUAGCAUAUUUGAAUAACUAUUUAUAAAUCAGAAUAACAUCAAAACGGAGAAAAGAAACUAAGACUUCUGAAAAAUGAGGUAAAUAUAAAUAAGCCACAUAUUUAAAGUUUGUUUUUAAUGAAAUCUUCGUUGAAGAUUUUUUUAAUCUAUUCUGCAUUCCCAAGACUUUAUUGUAUUUUACCUGAUCUAUAACAUAUAAAAUUAUGUAUUUUUUUCUUUGGUUGUUCCUAUAAACAAAAAAGUAUUUUAAUAAAAAAUUAAAAUGAG